AUGGACGGCGACGCGGACGCGCCCACGGAUGGGUUCGCCUCGGUCGAGGACGCGCUCGAGGAGGUUCGACGCGGGCGAUUCGUCGUCGUGCUGGACGACGAGGAUCGGGAGAAUGAAGGGGAUUUGAUUGGGGCGGCGGAUAAGAUGACGGCGGCGUCGAUGGCGUUCAUGAUUCGACACACCAGUGGGUUGGUGUGCGUGAGUUUGGAGGAAGACAGGGCGGAUGCGUUGGAUCUGCCGUUGAUGGUGGAUUCGAAGAGUAAUAAGGAUGCGAUGAAGACGGCGUUUACGGUGAGCGUGGAUUUGGCGACGAGCACGACGGGGAUAUCGGCGGGCGAACGGGCGGCGACGAUAAACGCGCUCGGUGCGGAGGAGACGACGGCGAACGCGUUCGUGAGACCUGGACACGUGUUUCCGUUGCGGUACAAGGCUGGUGGGGUGCUCAAGCGGGCGGGUCACACCGAGGCGGCUGUGGACUUGGCGCGCAUGGCGGGAUGCUCGCCGGUGGGCGUGUUGUGCGAAAUCGUGAACGACGACGACGGCUCCAUGGCUCGCUUGCCGCAGCUCAAGGUGUUCGCCGAAAAGCAUGGAUUGAAGAUGGUGUUGAUUAAAGACAUGAUUCGAUACCGUCGCGCGCGGGAGAAGCUCGUUGAGCGCACCGCCGUGGCUCGUCUCCCGACCGAGUGGGGCAACUUUACGUGCGUCUCCUACAAGAACACUCUCGACGGUAUCGAGCACGUGGCUCUGCUCUACGGCGAGUACGACCACGAUGUUGCGAGCGCGAUUGGACCGGACAUGCUCGUUCGCGUGCACAGCGAGUGCCUGACUGGGGACAUUUUCAAGAGUGCGAGGUGCGACUGCGGGAACCAGCUCGACUUGGCCAUGCAACGCGUCGCCAAGGAGGGUCAAGGCUGCAUCGUCUACCUUCGCGGACAAGAAGGGCGUGGCAUCGGUUUGGGACACAAGUUGCGUGCUUACAACUUGCAGGACGAGGGGCGAGACACCGUUCAAGCGAACGAAGAUCUCGGUUUCCCGGCGGACUCUCGCGAGUACGGCGUGGGUGCGCAAAUCCUUCAGGAUCUCGGUGUCACUUCCCUUCGUCUGAUGACGAACAACCCGGCCAAGUACCAUGGAUUGAGCGGAUACGGAUUAAAGGUCACCGGUCGUGUCCCCUUAUUUGCGCCGAUAACGAUGGAGAACAAAAGAUACAUCGACGCCAAGCGCAUGAAAAUGGGGCACCUGUUUGACGCUCUUCCAACGCUCAGUGUCGAGGCGCAGGCGGAAAACCCGACGCGAUAA